GAUCAUUGCCUCAUAAUCACGCGACGUUUCGUAUCCUAGGUGCGAGCUAGACGCUUCGACAGAAGCUUGCGGUUUGUUCGUUAUUGUCGCACUGGAAUAUGUAAGGGCUAUAAAGAGUGAGUUUUAACUUUGCCCUUGUAAAAGUGCAUGAGAUUUUUUAAAAUAAGCGACUCGGAUAUGGCAAAGGGCGGCUUUCCCGAAACGUUGUUUUCCUUGGAGGUGGUGGUGGAUUAUGUUCAGAUCGAUGUAAACACUGGAGCAGAGCCGUUAGUGCCUGCAGUGGCCAUACGCUUGCUGGAUUUCCCAACAUUGCUGAUUUAUCGGACUGAUGAGGGGAAGCAAGAUAACUCCUCUGACGAUGAUUUGGACUUUGAAAAAGAAAAUGUGGGAAUAUUAAAUGGACACCGUACACUGCAGACGUGUGGCAAGUAUUCUUUCAAGAGAGGCAAAUCUUGCUUGAUUAAAAUGAGUCUGAAUGCAUUGCAUGUUCAUUUGACUAACACACCGCUCUAUGUGAUGAUACUGGACCUCAGAAGAGAUGUACCCAAACUUGUUGGAAGUUUUUUUGUUUCUUUGAGUAAAGCCAUUGACCAAAUAAAGCAAGAGGUUGCACGGCGGGGCAUCUCCAUGCCAUCUUGCCAGAGUGAAAGGAACAUUCAUAUUAUCAAUAAUUUAAUGGGCGAGCGAGUGGGUCACAUUUCCAUGGGUUACAAAAUACUGAGCCUGGGAGCCAGCCUGAUCCCGCAUAUUCCAGAAAAUAGAUUACUGAAAUCUGGCUCAGGUGAACCAGAGGUUCAUAUUAUUGAGCAAGAAAAAAUUACCACAAUACCUCUAGAAAAAGAAAAGAAAAACAAAGAAGACCCUCCAGAGCCCGAGAAGUCUAGUUAUUCAGAAUUACAGAGUAAGGAAGACAAUGGCUCACCGGUGCUUCUUCAGUGGAUUGACAUUGAGGGCAAACAAACUGAGGUUGUUGUUUCUGAGCAAAGUAAAGAUAUGAACCAGAUAACAACUACUGGGACACAAACUGCAACUCGGAAGACAAAGAAAAACAGGAAUACUCAAUUGCCAGAAAGAAGUGAGUUUGAUUUUGCUGCUGAUUUUUCAGACUUUUGCCCUCCACCACUUUUCUUUUGUCAGUCAGCCAUUGACCGAGCACUAAAUGAUCCUGAGCCCCCAUACACUGAAAAUGAUCCGGAGGCUAUGAGAGUAGAGGAACUUUGCUCAGAGUCUGAUGAAGAUGAAGAGCAACUGGAUACAGAAGAAGAACAGAGUGCACGUUUAGAGAAAAAGCAAGUCAAAAAAUCUGAUUUAAAGAAUCAAGACAGGGCUACAGGGGGUCCCCAUGUGCAUGUGCCACACAUGACCACAGCUCUGGGUGAGGCUUUGAGACAGUUGCCUCUGCUGAAUGCCCUUCUGGUUGAAAUUUCUAUGUUGUCUCAUCAGCCUCAACAACUGCCUCUAUCAAUACAUCCUGGCCUGGCAGGCUUAUACAGAACUAUGGAACAGCAUUCCAAGGAAAGUGCAAAUGAGGCAAAACCAGACUCCGCGACAAAUGCAGCUGAAAUCACACAGAAGCUGACUCGUCAGAAUAAGACCAUUACAAAACUCAAGUCAGUCCAGUCCUCAGCAAAACAAACAAUUUCUGCUCAUGGUAACCAACAAAAAGACAAGAUGAAACAGCAAAGGAAACUUGCCAAACCCCAAGAAAACUCAAGUAAACCAUCUUCUCCUCCCAAACGAAAACUGCUGUAUGGGCUGACAAAUACUUUACGUUUGCGGAUCCAGCAAACCAAUCCAGAUAUGCUACUGCAACAUGAACGAAGGGAGAUGUACAGGAAAAAGCAGAUGGAGCUUAUGAAGGCAAAGAAUUCCAAGUUUUCUAAAGGCAGAGGGGUCAAGUUGUCAAAGCGAGUUCAUGGAAUGAGUGACAUAUUGUUUAGAGGCAAUCAUUUUGAUGAGAACAUACAAACGAUGAUUAACAGUUUAGAUAUGGACUCUCCACGGUCAAUCAACAAAGAGCACCAGGGAUUUAAGGAUGUGGGAGUAGGAGCAGAUGCAGUGAAUACACAUCAAGUACAAAAUCAAGGAAAAAUACAGGCAAAUUCUCCAACGCCACCUCAGAGCAUUUCAGAGCAGGGCAAUGGUAGAAAUGUUCAGGUGUCUGUCCCUAGAGUGAACCCGGAGUCAGACCACAGCUUCCAUGAUGCAGAGAGUGAGGAUUGCAAUUUCCCUUUGACUGGAAUCACCAAUCCAGGUUUUCAAAGUAUGAGCCUAGAAGAUGAUCCUCAAAACCCAAACAACAGUGGACUGUUUAGCUCAGAACCUAGAUAUUCAGAUGAUUUCAUUGACAGUCCAGAUCCAGUUGGAUAUUCAGACGAUUUCACCAGUCCGGAACCCAAUGGCAGAUACUCUACUAAUUUUGAUAGCAGCCAUGAGCCAGUAAGGGAUAGUCCAGCAUCCCCACGUUCAGAUAGUACUUCUGAUAGCAGUAAUGGACAUUAUUCAGUUAGGAAUCGUAAACCUAAAGCUCCAAGCCCAAUACAUUUUGACGAAUCAGACCAGUCCUUGAAAGGCACAUUUGUAAUUGUGAACAAUAGAAACAAACCCGCCUCGGGGUCAUCAUCAAAUGGGAACAGUAGUCCGUCUUCUUUGACAGAUACCCAUCCGAAACCUUAUAGUGGUGGAAGCCUUGAGAAGGCUAUGGUUCCUAAGAUAAAAGAAGUCAGUAAAACAAAUUUCAGUUUUGCGGAGGGCCCUGUGUUUUCUGGUAAAAAGAAUCGCACAGUCAUUUCCAAAGAAGUGGGCUCUUCGGUUGAAAAGGCCAGUCACCAUUUCACUGACUCAGAGGACGAGGAGCGAGAUGAACUGACCUCAUUAGGAUUCAGUAACCAGUACCAUCACAUUUCAGAAUUAGUUGGAAGCAAGCUUCCUGGAUACACAUUAUGAACCUUGAAACAAAAACAAUUGAUUUCCUUUUUCCUCCAUUGUGUUUUAAUAAAAAAGUAAACUAGAGUGAAAUACUGGUUGAUUUUGGGACUUGCAAUGAAUUAACCAGUAUUUUGUAAAAAAAAAAAAAGUUUGAAAAUUUUUUGUAGUUGAACUGUAAUGAGGUAAUCUUAUCUGCAUUGUCAUUUGUAGCUUGGGCGUGUGAGGACUACAUCCCUAAUUUAAAAGCAAUUUCAUCGUGUGGUAUUUGGAAGUGGUUGCCAAAUCACAUAACCAAGACAGGUAAUCUGGUUGGAUAAUAAAUUGAGUUUUAAGAUACUGGAAUUGAUUUACUGUAUAUAACAACAUUUUGGGUCAUCUAUUUAUGUAAGUGUGUACUCGAGUGGCCUCACUGUAGUUGUAGCUUGAAUGCUUUCUGCAUAUCUGCCCCCCUUUCACUGUCUCGAACAAGGGGCUCAAGCUCUG